AUGGUUAGAUUUUGGUCUCGUUUUAUCGCUAUCAUAAAUGAUAUGAUGAACUUAAAGACGGUAAAUGAUCAAAAAAAUGAAUUGGAAAUCAAAUUGGAUCAGUUUAAGCAAAUUGGAAAUAGGUUGUGCAUUAUUGCAAUCGUAUUUGCGUGUAUUUAUCUGCUAGCCUUUUUAUUUUACGGUUCUUUGCAUAGAACUCACACUAUAUUCAUUCGUGCUAUGAAUGUCACAUAUCUCAUAAUUUGGAACUAUUUUGUUCCUUUCUUUAUUCAUACAACUCAAUGGAUUAUAAUAUACAAUACACAUGUUGCGAAAAAUACCAAUAUUGAAGAAAAUAAUUCUGUGAACGCACUAUACAAUAAUUCGAUUCCAACAAGUAAAAUACAAUAUAGUGAUUUUCAUGAUGGCUUUUCUUUUAAAUUCAAGAAAACUUAUAAUUUUUCAAAUCAUGCUGCUUCGGAUCUGAUAAAAAAUGAUCAAAGUCAGAUUAACGGGAGACAUUCGGUUAAUUCUUUAUCUGACAUUACUACCUUAACAGCAAAUAGCUUUCAUGGAUACAAUAACAGUUCUGGUAGUAACAUUAAAAAUGAUUUGGUCACAGAAAUUCAUUAA